ACGCUCACUGGGAGGUGCUGGAAACAAGUAUGGGGUUGUUGUUAUAUUCAUCGUUUUAGUUGAUGCGGGGGAAAAGAUAAUCGCAUGCCAUAGCAGAGUUGUUAAAUUAUUGGUUUGAAUUGCUUGUCAUAUCCUACUUCAAACACAUUUUAUUGUCACUGAGUAACACAAUGGAUAUUAUUGAGACGGUUGUAACAGAGAGUAUUGAAGUAGAUGAAACUCCAACGGCGUCCAGUUUGGCAACAGAUAAAUCGAAAGCAGAGUUUGUAUGGACUUUACAAGCCACAUGGGAACUUGUCCAAACCCGCCUCGAAAUGGACCAGGACUUUGACCAGCCAGUGUGCAAGAAAAAGAAACUGUGGGAGACAGUGGCUGAGAGAGUGACUGCCAAGCUAAGAGCAGCUGGGAGCAAAGAUGUCACAGUCAAGGCAUAUGAGUGUGAUCUGAAGUGGCGUAACAUGUUGGCCACAUACAGGAAAAAUGCUGAGAGGUCCAAGAGACUGGGGGCCCAGAGUGUCCACUGGGAGUUCUUCAAGGCCAUGCAUGAGGUCCUGGGGAAGAGUCGGGAGGAGAUCGAGGCACAGCGCAGGUCCAAACUCAACGGGACCAAGCUGGGCAAGGCUAUUGCCAGCAAGCGGUUUACCCCCAUCCUUCCUACACCCUCCCUGACAGCUGCCCCCUUUGCUUCCAGGCCCCCCCAGGAUGUCCUGCAGCUGUACAUGGAGCUGCAGGAGAGGAAGAUGAACAUGUGGGCCCAGCAGAAGGCCCUGGAGGAGAGGAAGAUAGAGGCCAUCAAUAAUCUAGCCCGUGCAAUCUCCAGUUUGUCUCACAGUCAAAACAACAGUUUCCAGCUGCCAGAGUAGCAGUACAGCACACCCGAGCAGAGGAGUUCUCAUGGAACUAAAAACUUUUGGAUUUUGUGUAAUAUAUAGAAGCUUGUGCAUAGAAUGAAAGACAUCAUGCAAAUGUUUCUUAAGCGUUCAACCAUUCAGCUACUUUGUGUUGUUAUGAUUUGUCAUUGUAUACGUUUUUAUUAUGCUAUAAUAACACCAUUUGACAAAGGAGUUCACUGCAGGAAUUCCCUGUAAUACCUGUGAAUGAGAAGAAGGCUACACGGGGCAUAUUGUACAUAGAUCUGCCAUAGGAUACAAAUAAUCCUACAUAUGUAUAAAAUACAAGAUAUUGCUGUGAUACUCUUCCUUUUAACAGCAUUUAUAUUGUAUAUUUUAUUAUCUCAAUACAAACACAAUUAUAAAUCACUUUAUGUACUUCCAGAA